AUGGCGCGUGAAUACUUCACCCACAAGGGGGUACUGUUCCCAUGCCUGGAUUACUCCCCCGAGGAGCUGAGCUACGUGGAGAACGAAUUCCAGGUGCGGGACGACGACAUCUUCAACAUCGCCUACCCCAAGUCAGGCACUAACUGGAUGCUGGAAAUCCUGAGUCUGAUCCGUUGUGACGGGGACCCCGGCUGGGUGCGCAGCGUGCUGAACUGGGAGCGGGCGCCCUGGGUGGAGAGCCAGCUGGGACUGGAGGCUGCCCUGAAAUACCCCCCGCCCCGGCUGCUCUGCUCCCACCUCCCCGUCCAGCUCUUCCCCAAGUCCCUGCAGGGCUCCAAGGCCAAGAUCAUCUACACCCUGCGCUGCCCCAAGGACGUCCUGGUCUCGCUGUACCACUUCUCCAAGCUGCUGCUCCUGUUCAAGGACCCUGGCUCACUGGACUCCUUCCUCGAGGACUUCCUGAGUGGGAACGUGCCCUACGGCUCCUGGUUCGACCACGUCACCGGCUGGAUGGGGCUGAUGGGCAACGAGAACUUCUUCUCCAUCACCUACGAGGAGCUGCAGCAGGAUCCGUGGGGCAGCGUGCGGAGAAUCUGCCACUUCCUGGGGAAGGAGCUGAGUGAGGAGCAAGUGGCCGCGGUGGUGGAGAACGCCUCCUUCCAGAGCAUGAAGGGGAACAAAAUGUCCAACUACUCGCAGCAGAGAGACGAGUUCAUGGACCACCAGAACGGGGAGUUCCUGAGGAAAGGGAUCUGCGGUGACUGGAGGAACCAUCUCUCGGAGGCACAGAGGCAACGAUUCGACACUGUUUACCGGGAGCGGAUUCAGGGUCUGGGCAUGACCUUCCCCUGGGACUGA